AUGCGAGCACCCCACAAAGCUUCUGACGUGGAUUUGGAGGACGACAUUCAAGUGGCAGUGGCAUGUGCAUCCGUUGCCACCUUGGACCCGGACAUCAUCGUGUUGGAUAAAGACUGCGUCAGGAGCGCCGCAUCUAAUGACCCAGUGUAUCAGCUUUUGGUUGCUAGGGUCACAGCGGGUGAUUGGCUCCAACAGAAGUCACAAGAAAUUUCCUGCCUUUGUCCCUUCUUUGGUGUUCAAGAUCUGCUAGCCAUCAACCAGGAUCUGGUGACAUACUCGGUGGACCAAGGAUGCAUACGUUUGUUAAUCCCCAAAGAUUUACGUCAUCAGGUAGCCACUAACCUACAUGCAGGACACCAAGGCCUCGACUCUAUGCUUAGAAGGGCCAGGCAGUCAGUCUACUGGCCGGGAAUAGAAGGAGACCUUCAGCAUCGCCAUGCCCAAUGCACUUCAUGUAAUAAACAUGCCCCUUCACUGCCUCCCAAAGAAAUGAUGCACACGCUGCCAGCAGAAUACCCCUUCCACCAAGUUGUCACAGAUAUGUUCCAAAUAGAAGGCAAUGUAUACAUGGUAUAUGCAGACAGACUAACUGGUUGGUUAGACAUAGCUCACUUCCCCUGUGGUGCCAUGUCCAACAAAAUAAGCAAUCACCUUCGAUCCUAUUUUUCACGUUGGGGAGCCCCAGAACAAAUAUCGACUGACAGAGGUACAAACUUAGCCAGUGAGGAGAUGGUUGCCUUUUUCAGGAGAUGGGGAGUCAAGGUCCGUCUGUCGUCAGCCCAGUAUCCCCAGUCGAACGGCAAAAGGUGGAGCCCUUGA